GAGGCUGGGGGCAGGGGCAGAUCACUGGACAAACAGAUCAAAGGUGAGACCAGCGUGGGGCCAAAGACCAGGCCAGGCCCACUGGACGAGCACACCAUGAGGCUGCUGACCCUCCUGGGUCUGCUGUGUGGCUCAGUGGCCACCCCCUUGGGCCCGAAGUGGCCUGAGCCUGUGUUUGGGCGCCUGGUGUCCCCUGGCUUCCCAAGGGAGUAUGCCAAUGACCAGGAGCGACGCUGGACCCUGACCGCACCCCCCGGCUACCGCCUGCGCCUCUACUUUACCCACUUCGACCUGGAGCUCUCCCACCUCUGCGAGUACGACUUUGUCAAGCUGAGCUCGGGGGCCAAGGUGCUGGCCACGCUGUGCGGGCGGGAGAGCACGGACACGGAGCGGGCCCCCGGCAAUGACACAUUCUACUCGACGGGCCCCAGCCUGGAUGUCACUUUCCGCUCUGACUACUCCAACGAGAAGCCGUUCACGGGGUUCGAGGCCUUCUACGCUGCCGAGGACAUCGACGAGUGCCAGCUGGCUCCGGGAGAGGCACCUGCCUGUGACCACCACUGCCACAACCACCUGGGCGGCUUCUACUGCUCCUGCCGCGCAGGCUACGUCCUGCACCGGAACAAGCGCACCUGCUCAGAGCCUCUAGCCUCCCCUGGAGCUCCGGCCUGCCCAGCAGGUCAGAAGCCAGAGCCAGCCUGCUGGCCUCAGCAGGUCGGGCCGAGAUGGCUGCGCCCCAACUCCCAUUCACCCCCCACGGAUCCAAUAAUAAACCUGGCUCCGCCCCCCCUGCUGCCACGUGUCUCUGGGGGGGGGGGGUGGGGAGGAGGCAGGGUGCGCGCCUCUGCCUACCCUCCUCCCAGCCUGAGGAACCCCAGGUCUGUGGGCGCCCCCUCCAGGGGGCCCUGGCUCCUUGGUCGGAAGGUCUUGCUUUCACCCUACGUUUUGAAGAUGGGGCACUGAGGCCCAGAGAGGGGCAGGGUCUGGUCACCAGAGGCUGAGCCUGGAGUAAUCUUGAACCACCCCCAUUCAGGGUGUGGCCUGGAGGAGUCCGACCCAGAGAGGAGACUCCCUGGGAGGUAUUCAUUGAGGGGGGCAAUCUGGACCCCCCAAAUCCAGGGGGGUCCCACUGCCCCAAAGGGCACAGCCACAGGGAAAAAGGCAGGCAAUGUUGGGGCUCCUCACUUCCUAGGGGCCUCACAGCUCAAAUGCCCCCCACUGCAGCUGGGGGUGGGGUGAUGGUUUGGGAUGGGGACCGAGCCUUCCUUGAGGGAUGGAGCGCAGCCCAGCGCCCCACCUGUGGCUGCAGCAUCAGCUCUCCCAGGAGGAAAGAGAGGACCAGACUCAGUCAGGAUCACUGUAGCCUUGAACUUCCAGGAGCUGCCUCCAGGGCAGGUGCCAGACCUGGGGGAGGGGAGUGACGAGCGGACCUUCUUCCAGAUGGUUCUCCCAGGAACGCAGGGGGCUGGCUGGUCCUGGCUGGGUUUGGGUAGGAGACUCCUGAUGAAUAAACUUGGGAAUCGCUGGGGUGGCUGUAGGGGAAUUUGGGGGAGUACCGAAGGGGCCCCUAGGCUCGAGAAGACACUCCUCCCUUUUCCCACAUUCCCAGGGAUCAAGGAGAGUGUCCCUUCUUCCUUCUUCCUGUGUGCUCAUCCGCGUCCGACCCCCACUUCCCCGGCAGAGCCUGGCAGAACUCAUGUUCCAGCCCGUACCCUGGGGUUGUAACUCUGGCCCAGGACACCCCCACACUCUCUGGGGGUGUGCGUGAGGCCCCUACACUCUGUCCCAAGUGCUGCCUGUUUCAGUUAAAGCCUCAAAGCAAGAGAAACCCCCUCUCUAAGCUGUCCCUCAGCCAUCGGGUGUGUCUUUGGUUUUUGGCUAGGCCUUGGAGGCUGGCAACCUGCAGGGCCCAGCUCAACUCAGGGAUGGCGAUGUCCCAGCCUCGUCCCUGCCCCGUGUCCUGCUCCCCAAGGCAGCCCACCCUGCUGUUGGUGUAAGGGCUGAUGGAGGGCACGCCAAGUCACUCCCCUCCUUCCCUCU